AUGUUACUACCUUCAUUAUUUAUAAAUCAUAAAAAAAAUAUUAAUUUGAAAGAUAAUUAUUUAAAUGAUCAUUUAAUAAAAUGUUAUAACUUGCCUUCAUAUAUAAACGAAAGCAUAUUUGACUUUUUUCUUCAUUUGCAAAAUGAUGAAAGUUUUGAAAUAAAAAAAGUAAUUAAACCAAUAAAUGAAGAAACAAAUUUUUAUCCAUGGAAAAUAAUAUGUAAUGAAAAUUUUGCAAACUUUUUAUUAAAAAAAAAAAGAGCUUUAGUUUUUAAUGAUUCUUUAAAUAAUAAGAUUUUUAUAAAGUUAUCCUUUAAGAAAAAAAAUAACAAUGAAAAUGUAAAUGAAGAUUUUUUUAAAAAUGAUGAAACAUUAAUAAAACAAAAUAAUAUAUUAGAAUUAAAAGAUAAAAAAUCAGAAGAAAAAAUAUUUGACUUAAAUAAUUCCUGUAAUGAAAAUAAGAUAAAUUUAAAUAAUGAAAAUGAAAAAAAUCAAGAAUUAAAAUUUCAAAGAUGUUCUGAAAAUAGUGAAGAAAGUUUUCAUGAAAUAAUAAAUGAGGAAAAAAAGAAUGAAGAAAGAGAUAUAAAUAAAAUUGAAAUAGAAGAUAGUCAAAUAUAUACGAAAGAAAAAGACAAAAAUAUAAAUGAAUUGGAAUAUUAUGAAUAUUCUGAUGACAAUAAUGAUGAAUAUUAUGAUGAUGAUGAAGACCAAAACUAUUAUUAUGAUGAUGAUGAUGAUGAAAGUUUUAAUGAAAUUGAUUAUAAAAGUUUUUAUGAUGAUGAUAGUGAAGAUAAUAGUGAAGAUCAUGAUAAUAUCUUUAAUUCAGAAUAUGAUAUUAAAAGAAAUGAUGAAAAAAAAAAUUUAGUAAAUAAUAAAUUAUUAGAAGAAAAUAAUGUAAAGGAGUUUCCCGAUUUAAAUAUAUAUGAAAGUUAUAAAAAUGAAAAAAAUAACAAGAAUCAUAACAUAUCCAAUAUAGAUAUUAAAAAUAAUUAUUUAUUAAAUUAUUGUGAUAAUAAUAGUAAUAAUAAUAAUACAUUGAAAGAUAUAGAUGAUAAUAAAAUAAAUAAUGAGAAUUUAUUAUCAAAUAGUCAUAGCUUAUUUGUAAUAGAUAAGAAAGAAACAAAUAAUUCUAUAAUUAAUAUUUCAAAUUUUAAUAAAAAACAAAAAUGUAUAAUUAAUUUAAAUGAUCAUUUAAGUUCUGAAAAGAGUCUUUCUUCAUUAAAUUAUAAAAUUAAUAAUUCAAAAAAAUUCCUUAAUCAAGAGCAAAAUGAAAAUUUAAAUAAUUUUAAUCCAAAUAAUAAAAUAAUGUAUACAAAUAACAUAGAAAUAAAUGAUGUAAAAAAAGAAUCAAACAGUUAUACAAAUACAUCUGAUACAAAAAGUGGGAGUGAAGUGAAAAGUAAUUACAGUUCAAUGAAGAUUUAUGAUUUAAAUAUAUGCAAUAGUAAAAGUAAUAUUUUUAAUAAAGAUGAUAAAAAUUUUAUCAAUGAAUCUGAAGAAUGUGAAAAGAAUUAUUAUGUAAAAAAAGAGUGUAGUUUGAAAAUUUUUACAUAUAAAGAAAAACAAGAUUUGCAGAAAAUAAAUAAAAAUAAAAUAAAAAAUACAUUUGAAUUACAUGGAUUUGAAGAUAUGAGUAAUGGGGAAAAUAUAUUUAUAGAAAAUAUGAAUAGGAAAAAAAGGAAAAGGAAAAAUCAGUAUGUUAACAAAUUUUUUAUAUAUUUUUAUAAAGGGAGUAUAGAUGAAAUAAUAGACGAUAUAAGAGAAGAGGAUAAAAAUAAAAUAUCAAGUAAUAUUCAAAUAAAAAAGGAAAAUAACAAAAUAUGUUUAAAUGAUGAUAAUAUUGAUAACAAGAAUGAUACAGUAAAAGAUUCUUACUUAAUAAAACAGGAACAAGAAAUUCAAGUUGAUAAAAAGAAAAAAGAAAAGGAUCUACAAAAGCAAAGAGUAGAUAAUGAAAAAGAUGAUCUUUAUAAUAUAGUAAAAGAAGAAGAAGAAGAAGAAAAAGAAAAAGAAAAAGAUAAAAAUAGUGAAAAGAAAAAAGAUAUAGAAAGUUGCAUAAAGCAUAACAAUUUUUCAUUAAAUGAAUUAAAUAAUUAUAGAAAAAAUGAAUGUAAUAAUAAUAAAAUAAAAGACGUAAAAAUUUGGCCAAGACAUUUAUAUUGGAAAGAAAUAUCAGAUGAAGUUAAAGAAAAAUUUUGUGUUGUUAUAAAAAAUAAACCACCACAAUGGAAUGAAUAUGAAUUACAAGAAUUUCUAGAAUCACAAUUUUCUAAUAAAACUUUUAUACCAAAAUUUGAAUAUAUAUUUAUUACAAAAUCAUUCCCUACAAUAGCCACUAUUGCUUUUAAAGAUGAAAUAUCAAAAAAAAAAUUUUUAGAAUUACAAAAAUUAAAGUUACCAUCAUCACAAAAAAAUUAUAAUAAUGAUUAUAAUAAUUAUAAUAAUAGUAGUAAAUAUAACAACAAUUAUAAUAUUAAUAAUAGUAAAUUUUCUAAUUUUUUAGUAAUUCAAGAAUAUAUGAUAUCUAAUAGUUCUAAUUACUUGAAUAAUAAAAAAAAUGGAUAUGAAAAAAAUGAAUCCUUUUUUAAUUUUCAGUUAAAAAAAAAAAAUAAAAAUUAUGAAAUUUCAAAUGGAGAAUCUUCAAAUAAUAUAGAUGUUUCUUUGAAUAAAUAUAAAAAUUAUGUUUUUAACACAACUUCUAAUUUGCAUUCAAACAACAAAAAAAACAUUGCAUUACAUGAUAAAAAUAACAUUUACAAUAAAUUAAAUAUUUAUAAUAAAUUUUCUUAUAAUUAG